AUGUUGGCUGUUUUUGAAAACAAAAUUGCUAAUCCACCAGAGGAGCUAAGUCUUCCUUUCAAGGGAAGCAGAAACCUGAAAACAAAAGAAGAAGUUGCAGCUUUAAUCGGGUCGGGUCAGGCUGAUUUGACCCGGUACAUGUUUUGCAAUGGGGAUUUCAUGGCUUUGUCUCAUCAAGAUGAGCAUGCAACAUGCCCAAGGUCAAGUGUUGUUAAGGAUGACAUAUUCUGUAUCUUCAAUGGCUAUCUACACAACACUUGCGAUUUACGUCGAAGGUAUGGGCUGUCAAGACAAGCAACAGAAGCCAUGAUUGUGGUUGAAGCUUAUAAAGUGUUGAGGGAUCGAGCGCCUUAUCCUGCUGAUCAAGUCAUCAAAGAGCUUGAUGGGAAGUUUUCUUUCAUCUUGUUUGAUGCUAAAGCAACAAAACUUUUUCUAGCUCGGGUAAUUAAUCCAUUUUUACUGUUGUUGCAGGAUCCUGAAAUUGUGAGAAAGAGUUGUGGAGAUAGAUAUCCUCCUUUCCCACCAGGCUGUUUAUUCAAGAGUGAAGAAGGGUUGAUCAGUUUUGAUCACCCGCUUAACAAAGUACGAGGGAUUGUGAGAGAGGAAGAUGAAGGAUACAACAGCUCAGCUGUGAUUUUUCAGGUGGAUUUGCUCACACGGCGCUAUAGCAUACCGCGUAGGGGUAGCGAUGCAAACUGGGCAAGCGUCAGCGUCACUACCGAAGGUGACUGAAUGAUGUAUGCUACGCUAGUAACAGAUCGAUCUCAUAAAAGAAUGUUAUCUCACCUUCUGUGUUCAGUUGCCAUUGCAGAAGCUGCAAUAAGGCUUUCAAGUUUCAACUGAUGCAAAGAAAAUAUGAAUUUUCUUAAAUUUGACUUUUCUGAGUCAAACAAAUAGUUUCCAACUAAUUCUAACAACGUUCCUUUAUAUAUUUUGAGAACUCAUAAGUUACCCAGAAGCAUCUUCAAAGUGUAACUAAAAUAUUCGGUUUGAAACCGAGUAAACCGAUCACCAAACGUACUUA